GGCAGCCUAUGACAUCAGCCGCGCACGCCUGGGAUGCCGCGGGGCCCCGCCAGACCCCGAGGAGGCGCAGGGUCCCGCCAGCUGGGAGCGGAGUAGCCCCGCGCGGCGAGGCCGCCACUUUUCUGGGGACACUGGUUUCGGUCACUGGCUGCCACUGUACUCCUACCCGGGGGAGCUCGCGGAGAGCUGGAUGCAUUCUGGGUUGUUAACCGCGGUCAGCUGGGCUCCCGGGAGCCCGUUCCUGGUGGAAGUCAGGGGCCAUCUGGCCAAGGGACCAGCGGCUCGCUGAGACUCAACAUGACACUCCUGGGGUCUGAGCACUCAUUGCUGAUUAGGAGCAAGUUCAGAUCAGUUUUACAGUUACGGCUUCAACAGAGAAGGACCCAAGAACAGCUGGCUAACCAAGGCAUCAUACCACCCCUGAAAAGCCCACCUGAAUUCCAUGAGCAAAGAAAACGUUUGGAUAGUGGCAAGGCUGAAGACACCCUGAAGCACAAGGUCAGAAACAGGUCCGGCCGCGCAGACGUGGUGAAAAUGCACAUACUCCAAGGCUCCACUGCAGAGAGAUCCGUUCCAACUGCUCAGAUGAAGCUGAAAAGAGCCCGACUUGCAGAUGACCUCAAUGAAAAAAUCGCUCUCCGGCCGGGGCCCCUGGAGCUGGUGGAGAAGAACAUACUCCCUGUGGAUUCUGCUGUGAAAGAGGCCAUAAAAGGUAACCAGGUGAGCUUCUCCAAAUCAGCGGAUGCGUUUGCCUUUGAGGAGGACAGCAGCGACGGACUUUCUCCGGAUCAGACUCGGGGUGAAGACGCCCAGGGCUCAGCAGGAUCCCCCCCUGGCGUGAAAGCUACAGAGCCCCCUUCGGCAGGCCCUCGGGGGAAAACCCAGGAUCUUAUUUCUGGCUCAGAAAAUGAAAGGAAUGACUCGGCCCGCCAGCCCGGCAACCAGUCAGACGCGGGGAAGCAGGGGCUCGGCCCCCUGGGCACCCCCGUGCCCGUCCACGCUGCUGUCAAGUCCAAGUCCUUGAGCGACAGUAAGAACCGCCACAAAAAGCCCAAGGACCCCAAGCCAAAGGUGAAGAAGCUCAAAUAUCACCAGUACAUCCCCCCGGACCAGAAGGCAGAGAAGUCCCCUCCGCCCAUGGAUUCCGCCUACGCCCGGCUGCUCCAGCAGCAACAGCUGUUCUUGCAGCUGCAAAUCCUCAGUCAGCAGCAACAGCACUGCUUCAACUACCCCGGGCUCCACCAAGCUCAGCUCAAGGAACCAAAUGAGCAGGUGGUCAGAAAUCCAAACCCUUCUUUAGCACCGCUGAGCAAUACCCCUUUGUCUCCUGCCAAAAACAGUUUUUCUGGACAAACUGGUGUCUCUUCUCUCAAGCCAGGCCCACUCCCAUCCAACCUAGAUGAUCUGAAGGUCUCUGAGUUAAGACAACAGCUUCGAAUACGAGGUUUGCCGGUGUCCGGCACCAAGACGGCCCUCGUGGAUCGGCUUCGGCCCUUCCAGGACUGUUCUGGGAACCCUGUGCCCAGCUUCGGUGACAUAACGACGGUCACUUUUCCUGUGACACCCAGCAACGCGCUGCCCAAUUAUCAGUCCUCCCCGUCCACCGGCGCCUUGUCCAACGGCUUCUACCACUUCGGCAGCACGAGCUCCAGCCCCCCAAUCUCGCCCGCCUCCUCUGACCUGUCGGUGGCGGGGUCCCUGCCGGACACCUUCAACGAUGCCUCCCCGUCCUUUGGCCUGCACCCGUCCCCGGUCCACGUGUGCCCCGAGGAGAGCCUCCUGGGCAGCCUGAAUGGGGCCGCCGUCCCUCCCGAGCUGGACGGGCUGGACUCCGAGAAGGACAAGAUGCUGGUGGAGAAGCAGAAGGUGAUCAACGAGCUCACCUGGAAACUCCAGCGAGAACAGAGACAGGUGGAGGAGCUGAGGCUGCAGCUUCAGAAGCAGAAGAGGAGCUACUGUCCCGACCAGAAGGCGCCGCCUUUCCCGGCUGCCCCCAUCAAGCAGGAGGACGCCCCCUCCAGCUGCCCUUGCGCGUCCCCGCAAAUAGCUGUGAAAAGACAGGGCGCCUGCGCGGAGGGCCAGCCGCCGGCCCGCGAAGAGGCGCAGCUCCUGCCGCGCGCGGACGCUCUAGGCGGCGCGGAGCCCUCGGGUCAGAGCGGCGCGCUGUCUUCCGCAUUCCUCAGCCCGCAGUGCUCGCCGCAGCCUUCGCCCCUCGGGGCUGUGAAAAGCCCGCAGCACAUCAGCCUGCCCCCCUCGCCGAACAACCAUUACUUCCUACCCGCGUCUUCGGGCGCCCAGGGAGAAGAGCACAGGGGCUCCUCGCCUGUCGGCAGCCAGGUGCGUACCGCACAGAACUCAGGGGCACAUGAGGGCCAUCCUUCAAGCUUCUCUCCUCAGCCUUCCAGCCUUCACCCCUCUUUCUCUGGAGUCCAGGCAGACAGCAGUCAUGGUGCCGGGGGCAACUCUUGUCCCAAAAGCCCAGGGGUACAGCAAAAGAUGGCUGGUUUACACUCUUCUGAUAAGUCAGGGCCAAAGUUUUCACUUCCAUCCCCAACUUUUUCUAAGUCAACUUCAGCAGUUUCGGAGAUAAGCCAGCCUCCAUCCUAUGAAGAUGCAGUAAAGCAGCAAAUGACCCAGAGUCAGCAGAUGGACGAACUCCUGGAUGUCCUCAUUGAAAGCGGAGAGAUGCCAGCUGACGCCAGAGAGGAUCAUGCAUGCCUCCAAAAAGUCCCCAAGAUACCUGGGUCUUCUCGAAGCCCUACCGCUGCCCUCCCCAAGCCCCCGGCUUCCUUCGAACCAGCAUCUGCAGGAGGCCAGCUCUCCUUCGAUCACUAUGGCGCCGACAGCAACGAGCGCCUUGAAGUCUUAUUAAAUUCCCAGAGCCCCCUGGGGAAGGUGGGCGACGUCGCCCUUCUGAAAUUCGGGAGCGAGGAGCCCCCUUUCGAUGGGAUGCUGGAUGGGUUCCCCGGGAAGGCUGCGGAAGACCUCUUCAACGCGCACGAGAUCCUGCCGGGCCCCCUCUCCCCCAUGCAGACUCAGUAUUCACCCUCCUCCGUGGGCAGUAGUGGUCUGCCCUUAAGCUUCACGGAAUCCCCUUGGGAAAGCAUGGAGUGGCUGGACGUCACGCCUCCCAGCUCCACCCCGAGCUUCAGCUCUCUCUGCACCGGCGGCCCUAGCAUCUUCAACAUCGAUUUCCUGGAUGUCACGGAUCUCCAUUUGAAUUCCCCGAUGGACCUCCACUUACAGCAGUGGUAGAUGCCUGAUGC